AUGUCGACUGUCAUUCUCUUAUUGUUGAGUCUAUCCUCCGUUGAUCUUUCCUACCAAGAUCAAUCAACAGCUCGCUUAAGUAAUUUCGGUUAUACUUUCACCUCAUACAGCAGUGCAAGCACUCCUCUUCUCACGCUCGCUCAAGGCAGCAUUCUCCGAUGUCACAUGCAAUGCAAUCAAAGAAUCGCCUGUCGACUAUUCGAUUACGAUUCAGACACAAACCAAUGUCGACUCUGGUCAGAUGAUCUGACGACAGGUAUGAUCUCUCUGGCUAUUGCAUCGAAGCCGCAAUCCAGAGUUGGUGUCAUUCGAAUCGCACCAGAUAUAUACACUCCUAUUCACAAUCAACCGUGUGACAAAUGUGCUGAUAGUCGAUAUGUAGAGUGUGAUCCACUCUCCCUCACUUUUUGUCAGUGUCCACCGAUGACAUUCUGGGAUGGAAGUGUGUGUUCACCUCAACGAUACUUGAAUCAAUCGUGUGCAAUCAUUGACAGUUGCCGAUCGGAUCUUGCACUGGAAUGUCGAGAUGUUGGAUGUAAUUCUGUAUUUCAAUGCUUGAAUCAAACAAAUGUUGUGACAGUAGCUGGUUUUUGUAAGAAGAAUAAAAGCCACCAUCUGCUGACCGAUAGCUUACGUUUACAAUUAGCAGCUUUCAAUAACAUCAUGAAUCGGACUUCUUCUUCCGUCACAUCGACAUUAUCGAUGACUACUGCCUUCUUGUCCACAAUCGACGAUGAGAACGAAGUUUUAGAUCAAGUACAGGUGCAUUAUACAACUGAUGAAUCUGACGAUAGUAGUUCAGAUUCUCGAUCGGAAUUGGAUGAAAUCGAUGAUGAUUGUCAUGGAGUUACUGAUAAAACCCAUGUUACUUAUGGAUCAACCAAUAGAGGUGGUCGAGAGUUAUACAUGAAUGGAUAUUCAUACCAAGUGAAAACAGUAAAUACAAUGACAACUCGGUGGAGAUGUACGGUUCGUACACCACUUUGUGGAGCUAGCAUUUACACAAAUAACAUCGAUAACACUUUUUCUCGUUGGAAUGGAGUUUAUCAUAGCCACGUACCAGAUGAAAAUCGUGAAUUAAUUAGAGAAAUCAUAGCGAAGAUCAAAGCAAGAGUCUUAUCGGAACCAUAUCCAGUUAUGAUGAUAGCGGAAGAAGAAAUUCGAAAUGCCAAACUGGACAAAACACAAUUAGCAGCUAUGCCACUUCCAUGUCAGUUAGAAUCGGCACUGCAAAAACACCGGCGUAAAACUGUUCCAGCACUUCCAAAGUCAUUGAUUUUCGAAAUUCCAUCGCUUUAUCAACAUACAUGGUCAGGUGGUCAAUUUAUUUUAGCUGAUGUACUCAAGGAACGCGGUGAUGAACGUCUGAUAAUGUUCAGUUCAGAUGAACAGAUCGAGUUGCUGUUAAACAGUUCGACAUGGUUUUGUGAUGGCACGUUCAAAACGAGGCCAGCUUUGUUUGAACAAGUGUAUAUAAUACAAUGUUUAACUGGGGAUCAAGAUAUACGAAAAAUUGAUUGCUAUUUGUUAUUGCAAUGGAAUGACUUUUGUGCUUUUUCUAUUCGAAGUCUUACCGGUGCAGCUAGUCGAGGAAGAAGCUUGGCAGUCAAUACAAUUGUGUCUGAUUACGAAGAUGCCUGGUUAUGCGCAGUGAAGAAUACAGUAAAUAUGAGCUUUAACAUUGGGCCGAAAAACUCCAUCGAAUUCAUCUUAAACGAAAUGGUUUUCAUUCUUUCAUUUAGUUGCCAAACGUAUGUCGACAGGGGUGUUGGUUCCACUUUACCCAGUGUUGCUAUCGAAACAUCCAAAAGUUAG